CUGGUCUGGUGCCGUGCGCCUAUUGGCUUUCAUUGAUAGCGAUCUGCAAAUCUGCAUACAGGUCAUUCAGCGCGUUUGCCAGUCGAAUGUAGCAGCCGUCCCGGUGCUUAUUAGCUUAGAAAUUAGUACUACCAUUCUGUCGAUCACAAUGGCACGAGAAAACCACAUGGUCUUAAAGACUCGUUGAUGUUUAAAGGAAAGGACCAACACCCAACUCUCUUGUGGCCCAACUUGCAAAACAAUUCACUAUGUACCUCGAGGUCCAAACGUUCGUGUUCGUUCCAGCUUUAAUUUUAAUAGUGUUGUGUCCACAUUCCGAGUCUUCCACCGAGAGUCCAUCGCCUUCUGACGAUUCACUAAGCAGCAAGUCCGCGCCUGACUUAUACAUCAACGCUCUGGAAACAUUUGAUGCCGCAAACCCUUCGAACACCGUCCACUGCUGCAGCAAACUGACCUCCGCCGUUCAAGCCCUGCUGAAGGACACAGACGCCCGCCGCUGGGACCAGCUCAUGGCCCCCCUCUUCGCUUUCGCGAAUACACGUAAAGACCUAUUUCCAGAUGUACAAUACCGUCUCAACUUCUACCUCCCAUACAUGCCCAGAAUUGAUGUCCUGUUCCAGCGUAAGGAUGGCACCGUUUUUGUGUUUACGUGGAAUCUACCGCGAGUUUGCAAAGCUUUGAGGACAAUCCAAAGAAUUGGCGACGAAGGCCAGAUGUUUUAUCGGCCUGUGAGAGGAGCAGUAACGCAUACUGUGAUUGCGGCCUUCUUCUUCGAUAAAGUAGAAACUGGCCGAUUUGGCGUCUUGAAAGGUGUUAAUGCUAGGUUUCUUGUAGAUACUUUUGAUGAGAAGAAAGAAAUAAGUAUCAACGUGACUGCACAAAGCGAUGGGAAGCGUUGGUCGUAAGUCGGUGUGCGACCGUCAAAGAAAAAAUGUCUCUCAUGUCGACUGUAGUGGAGUGUAGGCAACCAAACGAGCUCAAAAGGUAUCUCAACAUCCGAGGACAGAUCAGAAGGGUACAUCCGGGCGCUGGAAACCUUUGAUGUGAAAAACUUUAAGAAUAGCUGCAAAGUCCUGACGUCAGCCGUUAAAGCUUUACUUGAGUUGUUUGAUCCAACACGAUGGGAUCAACUGGACGCUCCAUUGUAUGUGCUCCCCAAACUUCGACAGGAAUCUUUCUCAGAUGUUACGUAUCAUCGCUGUUGUAGAUUGGGAUCCGGCACAGGUACGGAAAGUGCAAGAAGUUUUUAUCAGUCAAGUUCGUGCGCAGUACUGAAAUUGGAGUCUGAACAAACAGACCAACUGCAUCGUCACAAAAUUUACGUUUAUAUCUUAUUUUUUGAAAGAAUAACAUUAUUGAUUUUUCUUGAUGAACUUUUGUUAAAUUAUCAAAAGAUUUCCAAUUUAAAAGAAAAAAAGCAAGUGAUAAUAAGUUUCCUCUUUUUAAAGCUACGCACUUAAACAGCAAAUAUGAAGCAAUACAUCCGCUGUGUUCCUUUUCGCUUACGUAAUUCCAAAUUGGUUCCAGUUCGUGCCAAUAGCAUUGAUUUAGACUGAGUGCAUCUUUUCCAGCGAAAAUGGGUUAUGUCUGACUAAAAUUUAAUUACGAUAUGCUCAUCAGUUAGAUUCAUUUGUUUUUGAGUUCUGGGAAGCCAAAUGGAAAUUUUGUGCACGCAACGUGUCAAAUAUCGUAGUAACACUGCAUGACGCCAACGAUUACGUUGUCACCGAUCAUGGUGUUAACAAACAUAAAAAUAACUCCCUCAUAAUUAAAAUCAACAAAUAAUUUCAGCCUCCAGUCGGGGGUUAGGCCACAUAAAAUUAGGUCACUUUAGGUUAGGAUAGGUCAAGGUAGGAGGUUAAGAAUUAGCUCAUACAUUUUGUUAGGUAGGGUAAGGUGACUUUGGGUCGGAUCAAGUAAGUGAAGUUGGGUUGGGUGUAACUGUGCAUGAUUGGUUAAAGUAGCUUAGUAAGAUUGAGAAGGAGUAAAUCAUGCAAUUAAUACAAGAAUAACAAGACUUCUGUUUCAAAAUAUGUUAUGAAGGUAGGUAUGUAUGUAUGUAUUAGGUUUUGUUGCCAUCAUAAUCGUUCAUAUCCGUGCCCCUUAUUUUUUAAUGGGCAGAAUUUUUCAAUUUUGGAUAUUCAAGCUUCAAGAUUUCAACAGUAACUUACAGCAGUGGCGUAGACAGGGGGGGGGGGGUCAAGAGGGUAUAGACCCCCCCCCUUAGCCUCGUUUAUUGUACCCUUUUUUACUUUUGGAGGGCGUACACAAAAUAAUGUAAAUGGACCCCCGCCCCCUAAAGAAUUCCUGGUUUGUUCACACCAUACUGAUUAAUUAGUCUUACAUCGUGAAGUUUUCUUGUCAGUACAAAAAAUUGUCUUUUUUCAUUUUAUUUUCACUCAGAAAUGCUGAUUAGACAUAAAAUCGAUCUUUUCCAGUGCUCCGAGUCGAUAUAUUGAUAUACAGGGUCGACGGAUUGACUUUUGCCAUCAACCGCUGGCCGAUUGCAGAACUGAUGGAUUCUUUUAAAAAGAACUCACGAAUAAAUGAAACUGGGCUAUUUUAUCGAAAUGAUAAUCAGUUAAUCAAGCAUGCAGUAUUUGUUGGGUUCAUUUUCAAUCGAACUGCUUCCUCCAGACGGCAUGGGAGCAAACUGCUAGGUUUUACUGCGACUUACCUCCUGGACAGUUAUGACAAAGAAAGUAGUUUCGUAGAAAAUGUAAUGUAUUAAAGGCUUGUCGUAAUUUAGUAAAUAAUAAAAAUAAAAGACAUUUCAUUACUUACAA